AUUUCGUUGUCUCUUUUGUCGCUAGGUGCUGGCAGCCGCAGUGUGCGGGCGGCCAUGGCUUCUAUGGGCCCCAGCUGAGAGCUCAUAUGAUGCUUUUCGACUUUGGUCCUGAUUCCUGGGUCUGCGCCCUGCCAAAAUUGCACCGGCGGUCGGUUCACUCAGCUACAGGGAGGACCGUAGGGCUGCUAGAGCAACACGGACCACGGGAGGAACAAAAGGCUUCUUCAGCUUGUCUCGGAGGGAAACAAAUUUCUAGGUCCAUCAGGGGGGAGACUCGAGCGUUUGCUACAUUUCCAGAUCGACGGUAGAUGGUAGAUGGGCAUGUGGCUAAGGUGCUGACUUACCCCAAAACCACGAGAACAUAGAGACCAAAUCCAUCAGAGAAGGCCGCGAAGCCUUCCAUUUUGAAGGAGCACAAGGAAAGAGAGUGGAGCUGUGAGAUGCAUCACAUGUAAAAUGCCAGUCGCCAGGUUAAUUAAAAUUGUUAGCAGUUGAAGCACCACCAGAGGCUGUUCCAGGGUUCUGCCGGCUGAGCCCUGCUCAAGCUCAGGACCGUGAUCUGUUCCACCACAGGAUCGAUCCGAUUGGAAGUUUUUUCCACAGAACCCCUCCAUCCUGCUGCUGGAGUCUUGGCAAUUGUCUUGGUAUCCACCCGGUCAUCUUCGAUUGUCAUCACAAAAUCCUAAAGUUGCCGGGAACUUAGGAAAGGUGUAAGCACGAUGCAGGGGCACGGGUUGGCUGGAUUUAGAGACCAGGACAGUCUGCAGCAGUCCCUGGACAUUUCCAAUCAGAGCUUCCAUCGGGAUUCCCUCAGGGACCAGGCUUACUUUCAGAAUGUUCUGCAGUCCAGCUUGCAGAGCCAUGCGUUGCAGAGCCAUAGCUUACAAUCCCUGCAGAACCAUGGCUUACAAUCUCACAGCCUGCAGAACAAUAGCUUACAGUCUCAUGGCCUGCAGAGCCAUAGCAGCUUGCAGAGUCAGGCGUUGCAGGCCAUGGGGUUGCAGACGCCGGAGGCGCAAAGCUUGGGCAUUGCAAACCAGGGAGCACACAACCCUACUUCGUACCUGUCUCAGGAGAAUUCCAUCUUGCCGCACAGCUUCAAUCACCAGUUCCAAGUACAGCAGGCAGGCGGCUUAGGUUCUCAGCAGCAUUUGACGACACAGACGCAGCAAGUGGCUUCGGCAGCGGAACAAUUUGAUGAUUCCAGGGUUAUGAAUGACCUGUUGAAAGAUUACGGGGUGCGGGAGCAUACAAUCAGCAGGAUGGAGGAAGAGGGCUUCAAUCUCAACACGCUACUCAGCAUGAAUGACGAGGAGGUCGCUGAGGCCAUCAAAAUGAUGAUUUCCGAGUGCGGCAUCAAAUUCCUCGUUGGCGAACGGUUUGGGGUGAAGAUGGCGUGCCGGUCAGGGAGAAAGUGGCUUGAGGAGAAGCGCGCACUGCUCGAGAACCCUCCAGCGCCGCAGUCCCAAAAGAAACGGAAGCGGCUGGAUGGCAAAGCAUCGCAAGGUGUCUCUGAGCACGUACUCGCGUCCCUGGUCAACGGGGGGCUUGGGAACGAGAGUGAGGAGGCGGACGAAGAGACGGUGCAGAAGCAGUCCGAGUUGUCGGGGCGGACCAAGUCCAAGACCACGCCCAAGAAGAAGAAGGGCGAAGGCGACGAGGCCACAUCUCGUGGUCCGGCCUUCCAGGUGACGGCGCAGGGCGAGGAUGGCCACGGCAAGAAGCAGGGCCUGGACUACCUCUUCGAGCUGUACGGAGAGGCCGGGCGCAUCCUGGAGGAGAUCCGCGUGCAGGAGAAAGCCACGGGGAAGAAGCCGUCAGCAAAGGUGAACAAUCUGGUGUAUCGGUAUGCGAAGCAGCGCGGGAUGGGGUUCAUCAACAAGCCCAAGAUGCGGCAGUAUCUGCACUGCUAUGCGCUGCAUUGUCUUGACCCGGGCACUUCGAACGCAAUCCGCAUGACCUGCCGCGACCGGAAGAAGACACUCCAGGCCUGGGCCGAGUGUUGCUACGAGCCGCUUCUGCAGAUGGCCAGGGUACGGGGCUACAAUCUGGAGAGCCUUUUCCAGCUGUCUCCCCAGCUCGCCAUCUGGAACGUCCCGAAGCAGCUCGAGAAGCUAUGCGAGGAAGAGAAGGACAGGCUAGGAGAGCUGGGAAGCGGUCAGCUGGAUCAGCAGCCGUUGCCACCACCGCCUCGGCAAGGGGCUUGAGGAGUGUAGCACGCUUAGGCAGAUUAUGCACAUUUCUUCACGUGCGCAUACGGCGCCUGAAGUGCAUAGGUUGGGUUGGAACAGCGAAAAGGUGAAGUGGCCAAAACGACCAUUGGCUAGGUUGACUACUUGGGCGACUUUCCUACUCCCUGCCGCCCUCUAGCACAAGGUGACGGGUCGACAAGUCGAAUUGUUUUGGGGUGGAAUUCGGGCUUUAGCUUUGUGUACAUAAACUACUCCAGGGGAACACAGAUGAUGCAAGGUGCUUAUGCAUAUAAGUAAGGUUUUCUCAGACCAGCUAUGUGUCCUUGUUUCUGCGAGGACUGCCAAGAGCUAUCGAAGUCGUCUUCAAUAGCUACUCGAAACGAAAACAACCCCCCCCCCCCAAUUCUAGUGAGAAACUACUCAUGUUGAUUGUUCAUGAAAAGAUUGUUGUCACUUAG